AUGACCAGACUAAACGGAAAGACCGCCGUAAUCACCGGGGGCGCUACUGGAAUCGGUCUCGCCGCAGCAAAGCGCUUCACUGAAGAGGGCGCCUUUGUCUUCAUCUUUGGCCGCCGCCAGGAAGCCCUCGACGCCGCUGUGGCCGACCUUGGCCCCAACGCCCGGGCAGUGAAGGGUUCAGUCUCCAAUUUAGCCGACCUCGACCGGCUCUACGCGGCAGUGAAGUCGGAGCGCGGGACCCUAGACAUCGUCUUUGCCAAUGCUGGGACGGGAAGCCCGCUUCCGCUAGGCCAGAUCACCACCGAGCACGUCGACGAGAUCUUCGACACGAACGUGAAGGGCUCGAUCUUCACAGUCCAGAAAGCGCUCCCGCUUAUGGGCAAGGGCGGCUCGAUCAUCCUCACCGGAUCAAGCUCCGGUACCACAGGGUUCCCGGCGUUCAGCGCCUACGCCGCGAGCAAGGCGGCAGUGCGCAACCUCGCGCGGACCUGGGCGGAGGACCUGAAGGGCACCGGCAUCCGCGUCAACGUCUUGUCUCCCGGGCCGACGGCGACCGAGCUCGCGGUGGAAGCGCUGGGCGAGGAAGGCAUGAAGGCGGUCGCCGAGCUCAAUCCGCUCAGGCGCAUGGCUGAUACGGCGGAGAUUGGAGCGGUGGCGGCGUUUCUCGCGUCGCAAGACAGUAGUUUCAUGACUGGGAGCGAGGUCGCUGUUGACGGUGGCAUUGCGCAAACUUGA